AUGAAGUUCCUGACAGCUUGGGCUUUGUUGGCGCCACUGGUGGCUUCGCGCGUUGCCAACGUAAACUCGCCAAGUCCGCGUUCGGAGAAAGUCAGCUAUGAUGGAUAUCAUGUCUACAGCAUCACAGCAACCGACAAGAGCCAGUUCGAAUUCCUUGAGAAGAGAUUCGCCGCCUACCCUACGGAGGUCACGAGCCGCGGAUUUGAAGUGGCGAUUCCACCUAGUGAAAUCCAGAGCUUCAAUGAAUUGGGCCUCAUUACGCAGCUUCUUAGCGAUGAUCUCGGAGAGUUGAUUCGACGGGAGAACAAGACCCCAACGUACAAUCACGGGCAUCACAAAGCCGGCAAGCUCCCAGACUUGAACUGGUACGAUACCUAUCACGAUUAUGAAGAUCAUCUCCAGUAUUGGGAUGACCUAGUUGCCGCCUUUCCCAAGAAUAGCAAGAAAUACGACAUUGGCUCUUCGUAUGAGAACCGCUCCAUCUAUGCUUUUCACUUAUUUGGCGACAAGGGCAAGAAGGGGAACAAGCCUAUCAUCCUGUGGCAUGCCACUGUCCACGCCAGGGAGUGGAUCACCACCUUGGUGAUUGAAUACUGGGCGUGGCAACUGAUCAACGGAUACAAGGCUCAAGACAAGGAAAUCAUAAAGUUCCUAGACUACUACGACUUCUGGCUUGUUCCUUUCCAUAACCCAGACGGCAAGUUGAAAUUUAUCACGCUUUGCUUUGCAUACACGCAGACAACAGAUCGCAUGUGGCGUAAGAACCGAUUGCCUCGGAGCAAUACCACUUGCGUGGGCACUGACCUGAAUCGCAACUGGAAGUUUGAAUGGGGCGGCGAGCCGGGUACUGGCGCCGCAUCUACCGAUCCGUGCGACAGCACUUUCCAAGGACUGAGCCCGGGCGAUACCCCCGAGAAUAUUGCCGUAUCUGGACUUUCCAACAAACUUGGGAAAUCACCCAAGGGGAUUCGCUCCUACAUUGAUCUGCACAGCUACGGCCAGAAGAUUCUGACGCCGCCUGGGUGGACUUGCAACACCUCACAGUAUCCCGCCACGCUCCCUCGCAUGCUUGAGAUUGCCGGAGGCUUUGCAAAUGCCGUGCAGGCAUACGAUAGCCGCAACGAGACCUACCAGUACGGCACAGGCUGCGAUAUUGAGUACUACUCAGCUGGCAACGGCCGUGAUCACCACUAUGGUGCUUACGGCGCUAACCACUCUUGGACUCUGGAGUUAGACCCGGUGACAUCUGGCCAGGGUGGUUUUGUCUUGCCCCCUGAGAACAUUUGGCCAGUUGUCAAGGAGCAGUGGGCCGGAGAGCUGUGGCUACUGAACAAUGUUUGGCAGAAUUAG